CAAAUAUACUUAUUGCGAACUAGGCUAGCCAGUUUCCCUCCGAGCCAUUUCAAAAAUUUCUACAUCAAACUAAAGGAUUCAUUCCUCAGCAAUUCAUCUUUCACGACAGAUCAAACAUCGAACAGCCAUUGCAGCACAACCAGCCAGCAUCAAUAUGCAGGACCCAUCGUUUGUAUUCUGCAAUCAGCUUCGCAGUUUCUGCGAGCAUCUUCAAAAAAUGUGUAGCAAUCUCAAGAGUUCCAUGAACCAGCGCCCAAUCCCAAUCGAUUCAUCAUUGAAUCCGUUUGUGGAAGGACUCAGCCGCCGAGCAACAUCAACAGUUAAGGAAGUAGAGGCCUUAGAAUCAAUGACGAUUGAUACUAUAUCAUUUCGGGAGCUCCUGGGCUACUGCAAUGAACUCUACAAACAGAAUGAGAACGCCGUUAAUGUUAUUGAGGAUCGACUCAAAGAAUAUGGCUAUGAACCGGCACAUAUUGAUAAGAGUGAAGAACGAUUUCCUUUUGAGGUAAGUAGUCCGAGAGAAGAUAAGGUUGCAGAGUUGGAAAUCCCUUCUAAUCAUAUUCUUGCAAGUCAAACCCUUACACAGACAACCGAUUACAAGACAAGCAUGUCAGCUGCAUCUUACUUAUCCUUUACAGCAGCAUCUGCAAGGGGCUGUAGCAACAAUGUUCUUGAAGAUGAUCCUCUGUUUGAGGAUUCCAUAAGUUUGCAGGACCUUGGUCUUUCAGAUGCAUGCCUUGCUACUUUAGCACGUGAAGCCAAUACAGGAAAUUGUAGUCCAGUGUGUGAUCUCCCAAUACAACAAGGUCAAGAGAUCAAACAUCAAGACAAGGAAACACCUACAUAUCACUGCUAUGAUCAAGAUGUCUUGUCGAAUACACAUCAUCCAAUUGAUAGCUAUCAGAGCACAUAUCACUGGAAUGAUCAAGAUGUCUUGUCGAAUGCACAUCAUCGAACUGAGAGCUAUCAGAGCACUACAGAAAAUAUUGGAAACCCUGAGAUCUUUAAAGAGGAAUUUGUUGCUGAUCGUUUAUUAGAGGUCAGCAAAGAAGAGUAUGACAAAACACCCUCAUGGUUAAGAGGUUUGGCUUCAUGGGAGGAAUUGGAUGAUGCAAUUCGUAAAAUAAAUAAUUUGUUGUCUGGUAGAGCCAAGCGAGGCGAUCAGUAUGGUGCAGAGUGGCUUGACCAAGAUGAUUUGGAACCUCUUGGCUUUGGUCCAAAGGCAAAACCUUUUUUGCUUCUGCUUGUCCGCAUGAACUGUUUGACUAUUGAACAACAAGGUGAUGCAACGAUAUAUCGGGUCAACUUGAAAUAACUUUGCGACCAAGUGCCUGCGGGAUGCCAAAAUGAACUUUAAUGCGAGAUUUCACAGAAAAAAUUCUGUAGAUACUUGAAUGGUAUGCUCGUUUGGCUACCUACGAUAUAUCUUGCAAUGGGAGACAAAUAUUAACAUAUUAGUUAAAUGCACGAUGCUUACUUUUCUGUGGCAUCCUAAUGAUUUUAACCUGAAUAUAUUUGAAGUCAAUUUUAUAAUAAUUUUAUGUUAUGCAUGAUGGCUUCUAACAUAAGAAUUAAAAGGUUUGCCUUCAUUUGAUGUUAGGAGAAAUAUUUAUAGAAGAGAGUAGUAUAGCUCCUCUCAC